ACAAAGAAGAGAAGCCAUGGAUGGCAGAAGUGCUGACAUUUAGAGCUGAACAGAUCCUGGAGAACGUCCCCCAGGGACAGAUGUACUUGGAUAACAAAGAUUACAGUACAGUUUCUAGACAACAAGAGAUGGAGCUGAAUCAGACAUCGUCGCAUCAAACCAUUUUAUCUGCAAAGGUGGCAGCCAAACCAGUGACCAGAAGUUGCAAUGAGCUGCAGUUAUUUAAAGAGUAUCAUGGCAUGGUAGCAAGCCUUGGAGAGUCACAGACCCUGUGUGAAAAAUCAGCAAUAGGGGAGGAUGGCUGCAUUGCUCUUGAGAAGGAUUUCACUCCUGUGCCCAUGCAGGCAAGAUAUCACUUCAAUUUUUCAAAAUUAUUCAGCUCAAGGUCAAAAAACACUGUUUUUACAGAGAAGACACCACUACUGAAGGUUUCCUCAGAGGAAAAUGGGUGUGACAGGUUGCAGUGUAUGGCUCUUCAUAAUCCAGAUUUUACCACAGAUGAUGAUUCAUGGGACAACAGCUCUGCAGAAUUUGAGCAAAGGUUUCACCUGGAAAGUGAAAUGACAAGUUUUCCCAGAUCCGCUUCUUCUGAGAAAUACGAAAUCUUGGACAAUCUUCAUGUCAAGUUCAAUUUAUCAAAGAUGAGAUGCUGUCUAAAAUUCCUGAAAGUUUCAGGCCUCUUUAUCUUCGUAGUUGUCUGCUCUAUUUUAUUUGGCAUUUAUCCAGAUCAAGGUAUGCCCUGGCAGAUGUUGGCUGUAUCACCUCUGGAAAGCUUCUCUAUGAAUCUGACUGACUUUCGUGAUUCUGCUCUGUUGAAGUUAGACAUAGGAGGCCCAUUUGAGGCACAAGUUGUUGAUGAGCAAACAGAGGAAUACAUCAUUGUACAAAUCAGCCAGAGUGAAGACACAGGAUCAAGGAGGAGGCACCAGCAGCAGGUGGUAUACAACUGGUCUCUACCCUUAAGUUCAAGAAGAAAUCAGCAGAUCAUCACAACCAGAACCUUUCAGAUACCAAACAGAGGCACCAUCUCUAUAAACAUUCAAGCUUUCCUGCAGGAGUCUGGAAGUGUUCCUCUCUCCAUGAAGCAUCAGUACCUUCAUGCAAAUAUAGGGGCACAAGUAACUGUUGCAUCCAUCAUCUUAGUAGGUGUCUACGUGCUGAUCAUAUUGGAAAUUGUUCACAGGACCCUUGCAGCCAUGCUGGGUGCUUUGGCCGCGUUAGCCGCCUUAGCGAUUGUUGGGGAGAGGCCAAGUAUGGUCAAAGUGGUGGAGUGGAUUGACUAUGAAACACUGGCAUUAUUGUUUGGAAUGAUGGUUUUGGUGGCCAUAUUUUCAGAAACUGGAUUCUUUGACUACUGUGCAGUAAAGGCUUAUCGGUUCUCUCGAGGCAAGGUGUGGGCCAUGAUUACCCUUCUGUGCCUUAUUGCUGCAAUUCUUUCUGCAUUUUUGGACAAUGUUACCACUAUGCUGCUGUUUACUCCAGUAACCAUAAGGCUCUGUGAAGUACUUAAUCUUGAUCCUAGGCACGUCCUGAUUGCGGAAGUAAUCUUCACAAAUAUUGGGGGGGCUGCCACUGCUGUUGGGGAUCCUCCAAAUGUGAUUAUUGUUUCAAAGCAGGAGCUGAGGAAGAGGGGAUUGGAUUUUGCAGCCUUCACAGGGCAUAUGUUUUUGGGUAUCUGCCUUGUUGUUCUGGUCUCCUUUCCUUUCCUCAGACUUCUUUACUGGAACAAAAAGCUUUACAAUAAGGAGCCAAGUGAAAUUGUUGAGCUGAAACACGAGAUCUAUGUUUGGAGGCUGACAGCUCAGCGCAUCAACCCAGCCAGCAGAGAGGAGACGGCUGUGAAAUGCCUCUUGAUGCAGAAGGUGCUGACUCUGGAGAUGCUCCUGAGGACGAAGCUGAGGACGUUUCACAGACAAAUUUCACAAGAAGAUAAAAACUGGGAAACAAAUAUCCAGGAACUUCAGAAAAAACACAGAAUAACAGACAAAAUUCUUCUCAUCAAAUGUCUGACAGUGCUGGGAUGUGUUAUUCUUAUGUUUUUUCUCAACUCAUUUGUUCCAGGCAUCUACCUAGAUCUUGGCUGGAUUGCCAUGUUGGGAGCCCUUUGGCUGCUAGUGCUAGCAGACAUCCAUGAUUUUGAGAUGAUAUUGAACAGAGUUGAGUGGGCAACCCUCCUUUUCUUUGCAGCAUUGUUUGUGCUCAUGGAGGCUUUGGCUCAUCUGCACUUAAUAGACUAUAUAGGAGAGCAGACAGCUUUGUUAAUAAAGGUGGUUCCUGAGGAUCAGCGCUUGGCAGUGGCCAUUAUUUUAGUGCUCUGGGUGUCUGCUUUGGCCUCCUCUGUGAUUGACAACAUCCCUUUCACAGCUACAAUGAUUCCUGUGCUUCUCAAUCUGAGUAAAGACCCAGAUGUUAACUUGCCUAUGAAACCAUUAAUCUUCUCAUUGGCCAUGGGUGCGUGCCUUGGAGGUAAUGGAACAUUGAUUGGAGCAUCUGCAAAUGUUGUUUGUGCUGGGAUUGCUGAACAGCAUGGUUAUGGCUUCUCUUUCAUGGAGUUCUUCAGGUUAGGUUUCCCCAUGAUGAUCGUGUCCUGUACCAUUGGGAUGUGCUAUCUUCUUGUUGCUCAUGUUGUAGUAGGUUGGAAUUCAUAGUAAUUUAUACUUUCAAGAGUUCGAGAAGCUUUCCCUUUUGUGUCGUUUAUAUCAGAAUGCUAAGAAUGCAUAUGAAAGGAAAAAGAUAUGUAAAAUCCCAACAUAUGGUAUCAAUCAAAAUGAUUGUUGGCAUAAACAUCAGAUAUGGUCAUUCUUAACCUUUUGUUUUAUGAACAAUAUGGAGAAUUAGGCAAUCAAAAUUAAAAGAAUCCAUAUAUUUCAUUAAGAAUGCAAUUAGUAUGCAGAUAAAAAGGAACCAUCUCAAGGGAAUAUGCUGUGCCUGAAAGUUUGUAUUGACACAAUCUGAGUAUAGUCACAGAUGAAAAACUCAUUCACAAUAGCAGAUGUUCAGUAAUUUCUUUUUACGGCUUCAUUUUUCUUUGUCAAUAUAUUUAGCUAUUUGUAUGAAAGUAAUUAAUAUUCAAGUUGUAAUAAUUGAAAGUUAAGCAGAAUAUCUGUACACUUUGAAGGAUGUAUCAUUAUCUACAUUAAAAAUA